GCACUCCACCCAGAUCCUCUAAAGCUCAGCCUGCACGCAGAAACUGAUAAUUAAGAGGGAAAUGAUGACGAUGGAGGAAGAAACAUGUAGAGUGACAUGAAAAGAGGAAAACUGUUUCUUUGAGUCCUUUGCAAUGCCACUCCCAAAGGGUGGCCUCCCCUUGAGGUUAAAAGCAGAAGGAAUGACAAAGGUGUGACUGUGUGUGAUAGACAGGUGUUCAGACCUGAGCUACAGUGAGGAUUUUACCUUUAAAACCCAGGAACAGAGCUGUCUCCAGAGGUGAGAGUCCAAAAUGAGCUCCUACUCAACUUCCAAGACCAAAGCGCUCGAGGACAGCAAGAAGAAAACCUCUCUGCUGAAGGACAACAGCUGGAUCCGAAAAAAUGCUGAUGAAGACGAGCCCGUCGACCAAGACCCAAACUUUGGCAAAAGUGUCUUGAGUCGAGUGAAUAACACUGAUACUACUGACAGUGGAUCAGAACCCAAGUCAACAAGAACAACUAAAGCAAGUUCAACCUCAUCUGUUCAAGCUCUCACCAAGAGGUUCAGUGGAAGCACAGAUGACCUGAAAACCAUGACACCGUCUUACUACUCAAAAAGAACUUCCGGUGGGAAGACAGAAACAUCCAACACCACUAAAACCACAGCGGUGACUAAGGAUGGGACAACUGAGACCACCACCCAAAGUGUCAAAUCUCCUGUGACCAAAACACCCACUAAAACUGAGACGUUCAUGGAGCGCGUCAAAUCCUCAAGCAAAGAUUCACAGUACUCGAGCUACUCGCCUACCAAGACAACAAAACCGACUAUUACCACCACUAAAGAGGCAGACGACCAACUUUACAACUCACUGACCCCCUCACCUUUGAAGGACGACUCCCCAACUAAAGACAGCAAAACAACCGUGCCCACAACUAAGACUGUGACGGUGAAAAGUAGCAGUGAUGCAAUUGCUGAGGACAAACUCUAUGACACACUGAUUCCCAGUGCUAUCAAGAGUGGAGACAGCAAAAAAACACCUGUGUCCAGCAGUGAGACUGUGACGGUGAAGAGCUCCAAAGAGCCAGAGGACCGACUUUACAACUCACUGAAACCCUCACCUUUGAAGGACGACUCCCCAACUAAAGACAGCACAACAACCGUGCCCACAACUAAGACUGUAACGGUGAAAAGUAGCAGUGAUGCAAUUGCUGAGGACAAACUCUAUGACACACUGAUUCCCAGUGCUAUCAAGAGUGGAGACAGCAAAAAAACACCUGUGUCCAGCAGUGAGACUGUGACGGUGAAGAGCUCCAAAGAGCCAGAGGACCGACUUUACAACUCACUGAAACCCUCACCUUUGAAGGACGACUCCCCAACUAAAGACAGCACAACAACCGUGCCCACAACUAAGACUGUAACGGUGAAAAGUAGCAGUGAUGCAAUUGCUGAGGACAAACUCUAUGACACACUGAUUCCCAGUGCUGUCAAGAGUGGAGACAGCAAAAAAACACCUGUGUCCAGCAGUGAGACUGUGACAGUGAAGAGCUCCAAAGAGCCAGAGGACCGACUUUACAACUCACUGAAACCCUCACCUUUGAAGGACGACUCCCCAACUAAAGACAGCACAACAACUGUGCCCACAACUAAGACUGUAACGGUGAAAAGUAGCAGUGAUGCAAUUGCUGAGGACAAACUCUAUGACACACUGAUUCCCAGUGCUAUCAAGAGUGGAGACAGUAAAAAAACACCUGUGUCCAGCAGUGAGACUGUGACGGUGAAGAGCUCCAACACUGUAGAUGACACCAAGACACCAACAGUCACUGUAAAGUCCUCCUCAACGCCCAAGGAUAACCUCUAUGACAACCUCCUGCCUAAAGCCAUCACACCUCCUGUCAGUUCAAGCAAAACCGAGAAGGACAUUAUCACAGUAAACACCAAAAAAGAAGACGAAACCCCAUCAACACCAUCGUCCACGCGCAGCGUCAGCUACAGCUCAUACACUGACGAUACUCCCUAUACUCCCACCAGCUCAUACAGUGACUAUAAAGCCUACUCCUACUCCAGACCAGACUCCAGCUAUGAGUAUAGCAGCCUCAACAGCCCCUCUCUCUACAGCUCCACAUCAUACUCUUCCACAAAGAGUGCUUAUCAGUCCCCUGACAGGCCUGUGCUGGAGAAGGACCUGUGCACCACCUGCCGAAAGCCCUUCACUGGAGACGCCAAGAUGGUCCUGGACGACAUGAAGAUCAACUGCCACGCCACCUGCUUCAAAUGUGAUGUCUGCAACGGCUCUCUGGGCUACAUGAAAGCUGGGGACAGCAUGUGGAUCUACAAGCGCAAGGUGCACUGCGAAAACUGCUUCGAGAGCACCAGAGAAAAAUGGCGCCGCUGAGCCUCCUCACAGAUUACUGCAUUCUGAUGGUGUGGGUGACAAGGGUCUUACUAAGACGUCUUUAAGUGGGUGCUUUGGACAAAAAAAAUCACAGUUACAUAAUGUAAAUUACGUUUUCAUGUGACUCUACAGGCCACACAAGGCAUGAAAUCUACUAAUAUAUCUGUAUUAUAAUAUUCCUGUCUCUACCUCUACACUGUAAGUCUUUCUGUGCUCUCUUUAAUGUGUCACUUCUCGGGGGACUCUUGUGAGUAACAUGGCAGGGUAUUCUACAAUAUUGAGGGCCGGGGUUUUUUUCUUUGUGCAAUAAGGGCAAAUAAAAAAAACAAACUUCUUUAUUUACAUUUUUUCUUGAACGUCCCUGUUCUUUGGGUCUAUGUUUACUGCUAAAUUAUUAUGUGAUAAUACAGAACAAAAAAAAAGAUAAUAAAGAAAGGCUUGUACUUAAAUAAAAUUUUAAAUUACUGAAGACUGUGUUGUUGUUGUUUUAAACCAGAUGCUAAAAUCUCAAGUAAAAGGUCAGGCUGUCUCUAUUGUUAGAGGGGAAUUUAAGAAUAUCUGUUUGCAAUUCUCUAUACAAGUGUGUCUUUGCCUUUGCCAAAUAAAGUUAAUGCAACAAUGUAUGUUAAAUAUACUUUUCAAAUUAUUAAAGCACUCUGCAAUGUUGUUUUUGUAUUUUUCAACUGCAAUGGAAUAUAUUACGUAUUGGAACAGCAUUUGAUCAGCACUGUGUCUACUGCUAAUUGAAAGACAGCCCUAAAGAGCAAUAAAGUCACAAUACUUGGUAUGUAUGUAAAAUACUUGGAGUACAUUACUUGUUUUUCAAUAACUUUGUCAAUAAACGGAAUUCAAAAUCAA